CAGCGUUCCAUCAUACUAGGUUUACCGGUCUGUUUUGAGCCAGGAAAAAAUUGGCACAGAGCACUAGCACAGCCUGCUAACAUAUACUUGUGAUAACAGGUUAGCAAUUAGUCGCUAUUUGAGUGAGUUUAGCAGUAAGGAGAAGGACAAUCUGACCUUAGUGACCAACAUCUGGGUAUGUAGUCGGUCAGCGAAUGUGUAUGAAUGUGGCUUUUGGUGCAGGCUGGGACGGCAGCUACAGGGAUUAGCUGUACGGGGAGCUCCUGCUAGCAGUGCAAUGCUGACAUACCUUCAGGCGGCUUGCUAAUUAUCUCAUAAACGGUGAUUCUGGUGUGUCUUCAGUCGGGAAAAUCCUCACCAUUCAUACGCGGAUUGUAUUCCAAAGCCGAGACCGGUUUAAAUAGUCCGCAAGUGAAGCGUUCGAGUUAGCUGGCUAGCUGGGUCGCCUGCAAGUACAAGGUUAGCUGUUAAAAACGAGCCACCUGGACCCGAGAACCAUCGAGAGAGGGCUAUGUCUUCAGCAGCCACCACAGCCCCGUCGGUGGACAAGGUGGACGGCUUCUCCAGGAAGUCUGUCAGAAAAACCAGGCAGAAACGAGCACAGAGCUCAUCCCAGUUCAGAUCUCAGGACAAGCCCAUAGAACUGGUGCAGCUGCCUCUGCUGAAAGAUGUUUCUGCGCAGGAGCAACCAGAGCUGUUCCUCAAGAAGCUGCAGCAGUGCUGUACCCUGUUUGACUUCUUGGACACACUUUCUGACCUCAAAAUGAAAGAGUAUAAGCGGUCCACCCUUAAUGAGCUGGUGGACUACGUCACCCUUAGCCGGGGCUACUUGACUGAGCAGACCUACCCCGAGGUGGUCAAAAUGGUGUCCUGCAAUAUAUUUCGGACUCUUCCGCCUAGUGACAGUAACGAGUUUGACCCAGAGGAAGAUGAGCCCACGCUGGAGGCCUCAUGGCCACACUUACAGCUUGUUUAUGAGUUCUUCAUUCGCUUCUUGGAAAGUCAGGAAUUUCAGCCCAGCGUUGCCAAAAAAUACAUUGACCAGAAAUUUGUAUUACAGCUCUUGGAGCUGUUUGAUAGCGAGGAUCCGCGGGAGAGGGAUUGCCUGAAGACAGUUCUGCACAGAAUCUAUGGCAAGUUCCUCGGCCUCAGGGCCUUCAUCCGCAAACAGAUCAACAACAUUUUUCUUUGUUUUGUAUAUGAGACCGAACGCUUCAAUGGUGUAGCUGAACUGCUGGAGAUUUUGGGAAGCAUCAUCAAUGGUUUUGCGCUUCCUCUCAAAGCUGAACACAAACAGUUCCUUGUGAAAGUGCUGCUGCCUUUGCACACUGUGAGGAGCUUGUCUCUCUUCCAUGCCCAGCUGGCCUAUUGUAUUGUACAGUUCCUAGAGAAAGAUCCCACGUUAACAGAACCUGUGAUCAGAGGCUUGUUGAAAUUUUGGCCAAAAACCUGCAGUCAAAAAGAGGUUAUGUUUCUUGGAGAGUUGGAGGAGAUUCUAGAUGUGAUUGAGCCCACUCAGUUUGUUAAGAUCCAGGAUCCACUCUUCAAACAGAUUGCUAGAUGUGUGUCCAGCCCCCAUUUUCAGGUGGCAGAGCGAGCCUUGUACUACUGGAACAAUGAGUACAUCAUGAGUCUGAUUGAGGAAAACUCUAGCGUCAUCCUGCCUAUCAUGUUCGCUAGUCUCUACAGGAUCUCCAAAGAGCAUUGGAACCCGGCAAUAUCUGCUUUGAUCUACAAUGUCCUCAAAGCAUUCAUGGAGAUGAACAGCGCUUUGUUUGAUGAACUCGCCGCCAAUUACAAAUCAGACAGGCAAAGGGAAAGGAAGAAGGACAAGGAACGGGAGGAUCUAUGGAGGAAGCUGGAGGACCUGGAGCUCAGACGGGGCAUCCAGAACAGCGACGGUGUCAUUCCCACCUAACACGGACCUCGCCUCCAACCUUCUGUUUGACCCCAACCAAUCCCUUUCUACUCUUCCACAGGGACCCCUCUUUGCUUUUCAUGCUGCGUACUUUACCGCACACUCCCUCAUUCAUUUCCUCUCUUUCAACAGCACUGUAAAUAAUCCUCUCCUUCUUUCCUGUAUCAUACUACUACACUGAAAGGAAGAAGAAAAAAAAGAAAAUUUGAAGAGAGACUUAAUGUGCACUCCUUGUUGUAAAAAAAAAAUAUGGUAAAAUGAUAAUCAACUAUGGUCAAAGGAUAUAUUUUAAAAAAAACCUUUCAGUUCAGAAGUUGUUCAGUGUCUCCAUGUCGAUAUUGUUCUCCAAGGAAGUGCCCUGGGACUUUAGGGUCUGUGCUCACCCUGCGAUUAAAGGAUCCCAUUGCCACCACAAUUUUUUUAUUUAUUUUUUUUUAAUGAAGAGAGACUUUUCCAUCUAGACAUAAUUUGACUCCCCUGACUCAGGGGACACAAACCAGAAACCCAUGACGUGAAUCUAAGGAAAACAGAAGUGGGGAGAAAAAAAAAAAAAAACAUUAAACAUCCUCUCUGUGGUGUGCAUUUUUUUUUUUUUCUUUUACAGGAUGAUCAGCCUGGUCCUUUACUGUACAUUAUGGACAGGUGCUUUUCGCUGACCAGGAAGCUUAACGUCCAAGAUGGGCCGCAGUCGGCUACGGUGGUUACCUGUGCUCAAUAAAGAGGACAAACCUCUCCGAGGACCUUUAUUUUUUUAACUUGUGAACCAGGUAAUGAUCUGGUCAUAGUUUCAUGCUGUCUGCUGUGGAGACUCUUGGGAAUUCCCAUGUGGAAAUUCAGUAGUAACCAAGAGUAUGUCAAGCUCAGUUUCUCCGACACUAGUAAGGACUUGUGGAAUUUCGGUGGCACACAGUGUUCAGAGCUCAUCCAGUGUUUUUAAAACCGUUAAGUGACAUAUAUUUUUCGUAAAGAAUAUUCUGGACAUUCUUCUCAUGUUCCACCCAGAUUACCACUGCUCGUCUCCAUUAGUUUUCGAUUUCAGAGGUGGUUGGAUGUCGUCUACAUGACCGAGAAGAGGUUUUUCUUUCUGUUCAUGGAGUGUUUGAAAUGAAAUCCUGCUUAUAUUGGGGUUUUUAGGGCCUAUGUAGGUAAACUCUGAUCUGGUAGGUCAUAAUCUCUCUUCUGAAAUACCAGCCACCAGGGCAGGCUAGAACUAAACAGCACUUCGAGUUAGAUCAUUAGUUGUUCUCAUGGGACUUCAGCCCCCUUUCUUUUCUUCUUUUAUUUGAAGUCCCAACAAUCGUGGUUGUGGAUUUUACAUGUGAGGAGGAUGUAUUUUAUUAUAUUUUAUUUUUUUUGGCUUAAUCACGUGUCUCUCUUUCUCUCUUCCUUGUUUUAACUCUCCCAAGCUCAUUGUGUUUUAUGAUGGCCCAAGUUUGAUAUGUAUAAAAAAUUCAAAAGAAAGGGUUUGAUGAAUAGAAUAAAUCUAAUUAUUUUAAAAAAGAAAGAGAUAUUAAAUAAACCUGUUUUUUUGUGAUAAA